GGCGCGGAGCUUCCGUCGAGUCGGGGGAGGAGGAGUGGGGCUGGGGCGCCGACAGCCCUCGUCGGGCGCCGAGCCCCGAGCUGGUCGGCGACCAGCAGCUGAUGUUGCACCAGCCCGCGCCUGCGCGCGCCCAGGGCCCGCUGGAGGCGGCAACAGGCGGUGGCGGCCCGCCUGGCCCUCCUGCAGGACCGCUGGCCAGCCUGGCGCGGGUGCUGGUGGAGAAGCGGUACCCUGAUGACAGCGUCGUCUCGCUGACGUCGGCGACCGCGAUGGCAGGCCGACUCGGGAUCGCGCCUGGGCAUUUCAGGGAGCGCGUCCACGCAGCUGCGUACUCGGCGUUUGCCGCUUCUCAGGAGCACGUGUUGUCCACCAUUGGCCGCCUUGUGGAGGCAUGCGUGGGUUCUCGUGAGCAGCACGGUGCUGUCAUCGACCCCGCGGUGUUCUUCCGAAAGCGGAAGUACGACGGCACGAGGAUGAAGCUCACGACCACCGUGUCGCAGGUUUACGAUGACGAUGUCAUCAACGAGCGCACGACGGGCAGUCGCGAGAUCUUCGUCGUGAAGGGCGAGUUCGGCUUCCUGAUGCGACGGAGGGCCGCUGGUGCAUCGAGCUUCCUGCACAUGUGCGGCACCGUGCCGACGCACCUUUCCGUUCUCGACGGUUCUUCCGCUGAGGUCGUGCACGCGGCUUUGCGCAGGCAGCUGGAUUUGCGUUGUGAUGGCGUGCUUGACCUACGGGCACCCAGGCAGGUGGACAUCGUAUGCUGCGACGCGGCAUCAGGGAACCUGCGAAACGAACGUGCGUUCGAGCAGGCGUUCCCUCGGAGGUCUCAGCUGAUCUUGCUGUGCCGCGCUCACAAGAAGAAGAAGGUCGCCGAACAGGGGCUCAUCACGAUCAGGCCUUUCGACACGAACCUUGUUCGCUGCCAGAUGUCCCUCACGGGCGACCACGUCCUCGAGUUGCGGCACCAAGCCAGGUUGCUCCAUGGAGAGCAGCUCGUGGUCAAGAGGGGUGUGCCUCCAGCAGAUGCCACUGCGCACCGCGACGCCAUAUGGGACCUCUACUUCGCGGGCUCAGCUGACCCGACCCUGGCGUACCGCAGGGAGGUGGUCACGCGCUUGUACAACGGAGACAUACGUAAGCAUGGCGUCAUUGAGCACUAUUGUAGAGGGUGCUGCUCGUCUCCUAGACACACGCUGUAUUUGAUGAGGAGGUUUGGGGUUGCUUCGCUGUUCGGAAAGAUGGACGUUCUCAACAGGGCCAAUUGGGCUAACAAGAUGCGAAGUCACCGAUCCAUCGGGCUUCCCGCAUCUGUUCAUGGCCUCUUUCAGGCAGCUUACUUGCGCACGAUGCCUGCGAAGCCAGCCCGUGCGCCAGGUGCCGCUGCUGGCGCGGGCGCUGGUGCGCCGCCCCCAGUGGGCGCCGCUGGGCUUCUUGCUGGGGGCGACGGUGCCGACCUUGAUCGGCCAGAGCCCUCGGCCGACGGCCCAGCCCCCGAGGGCGCAGCUGACGUGGAUGACGUGAACGCGUUCAAGGAGCAGCAGGACCAGCGAGUUGCUGGCAGCCGCGCCUGGGUGCUCAGCGGCACGAUGGCGGACGACCUGUUCAUCGCAUCGGUGCUGGCUCGUCGCACGGACCAGUACGCGACGAAUCAGCUGGCCACCAGCGGUUCGGGUUUCGAGAAGGCGCAGCAGCACAAGGUCUCCCUCGGAGAGCCGAGGACGUACCAAGCGUGGUUGGCGCAUGAGGAUGCCGACACCCUUGAGCUGCUCACGGGCGUGCGAACGGAGGCGACGGCGCUGAAGCUGUACCGCAUGCUGUCCAGGAUGGGCGCGGUUGCAUACCAGCUGGUCCACAGGACCAGUCGGACUUGGCCGAUGCCCCUGCUGUAUUCUUUGAAAGACCCUUCUCGUUUGCAGGACCUUCGCGGCACCAAGCCGUGCUGUCUGGACCGCUACACGCUGGAUUUCGCGAGGUUCUACGCAGGGCGCCUAGAUUCGCCAGAGGCGGCGAAUGAGCUGAAGGGCGCCUUGGCCAUGGCUGACAUGGACACCGCCGCCGUCGAGCGGGUGCAUUCGGUGAACCAGAGGGGCGCGCGCUUCAGGGUUUGGACGCAGGUCGAAACCCUAGAGGAGGUGAGCGCCCAUUUCACGGCGCAUUCGGCUGGUGAUUUCGACGCCGAUUCAGCACCUUCCCCGACAGACCUUCGGAGAGGCCCCGCCCAGAGACGGAUGCGCGAAGCGCGUAAUCCGCGGCGCGGGCACAACAGCCUGCAGCAGUGGAUGUGGCGCGCAUUCGUGCACGUGAACGGCGUGUACAUAUCUGAUGGGUCUUCUGCAGAGUUGUCCGAGAUGUAUUCUCAGCUGGAGGGGGCCGAGCUUGAGCAAUACAGGCUGUUGGCUGCCAUCGCGAGGGGUCGCCAUCUGUCUGGGGAGCGUGGCUUCGACAG